AAAGCUUAUCUUGAUUGAAAAAGUAUGGGUAAGCCGCUCAGCAGGCCAGACUGUUUAAGGCGGAACCCCACCUGCCUGGGGAAAGGGGAGGAGGAGGACGGCUACAUAGAAGAUUGCUAUGUUCCACAGCGGUCUAUAUAUGAUACAAUGAGGAUAAAUGAACAGAUUGAUCAGGGGUCAAAGCUUAAUCAGGCUUCAAAAAGUACCAUGGAGAAGGUAGAAGGAAGUACCAUAUCUAGCAAUGGUACAUUAGGAGGAGCAUCUAAUGUUUUUGAAUCUAGAGCACCUGAAGGCAAAAAGCUGGAUGAGAGAAUAAUAUUUGAUGCCUUAAAGCUAAGCAGUGAUGUGCAGAAGUCAGCACCUGUGCCACCCAGAAGGCGGCCAAAUGCAGAGCGCAAAGACAAUGUUAACAGGAGAUCGUGGAAGUCCUUCAUGCCGCCUAACUUCCCAGAAUUUGCAGAAAGGAUGGAAGCUUCUCUCAGUGAAGUUUCAGAAGCUGGUGCUUCAAAUCCUUCCUUGCAAGAGAAGAAAGAACCCAGUUCUGCAUUGACAGAAAGUUCUGGUCAUUUGGACCACAGGGAACCUCAGUCAGAAUCGGUAACUUUGGAACAUGUAUCCAGAUCUGUAGGUAUUCCUGAAAUACAAGAUGUGAAAAACUUAAUUGGAGACUGCCAGGACUUCAGAUUCCAGCAGCACAGUGAGAGCUCUCCCCAUGAAUUCCAGCCUCUGGAAUCAGAAGCUGCUGCAUCAAGUGGUAACACAGAUGAAAUGCAGGAACACAGAUUCUCAAGCGCAACUUGGCCCAGGGCCAUGAAAAGUUCAGCUAAGGGAGGCUUCAGUGAGAAGCAGCACCACGUUGGGGACACAGUCUGCACUGUGGAAAUGCCGCCUCUCUCCCCUUGCCUGAGUGAAGAGCUGUUGGAUCCAGAAAUGCACAUUCUCAUAACCCCCAACCUGAGAGAGAAAACAGAGUCUGAGCUAAAGUUUGAGGAGGAUGAACGAUGGAUCAUGAUGGAGGGUGAGGAGGAAUGGGAGGAAGAUAAAUUGUCAGAGAGAGGAAAGACUCUUUUAAUGGCAGAUGAGAAGAACAGUCUGGCAGAUAUUUUUGAAGAAAGAGAACUAGCAAACACAGUAACAGUGGUGGAAGAUGGAGCCGAUUGUUUAGUUGCUGUCUUGGAGACUUUGGACCAUGUACCUAUUGGUCAGAUUUGUUGCUCUAAUGACCCACCGCCAGUUAGGGAUCAGUUGACUUCUGUUCCCAAGGAUACACCCCUGGAUUGCUGUGUUCUUGCAGGUGAGGGUGCUGUUGGUGAUGUGGAAAACAGAACUGCUCAGGGAUCACAGGGUCUUGUUUCUGAACUAGAAUGUAUUUUUGGUCCUGUUGAUGCAGAGCAACUCUCUGACACAGAUUCAGUGCAGAUGUUUCUUGAGCUUGAAAAGGAGUGUUUAUAUGAGGGAGUAACUCCUUUAGUUGAGCUGCAGAGUCAAGCCUCUUAUGAAGGGCUGGCCCCAUCCCAGGAUGCAGAAAAUUCACUUGUAAUUAGUCAUUUUCCAGGGGCUACCUUAGAAAAGGAACAGCAUAAAGACCUUUUAAAGGUAACGGACCUUAAUACUGGAUUGGAUUGUAAAUAUUUUAAUGUCCUGGAUUCUUCUCAGGUGCCUAAUGCUAAGGAACUUAUUGCCUACUCUGAUAACAUGAGGGACAUGUCCAUGGUUAGCAAGGAGUUUGAAAAAGUGCCUUUUAGCCCCAAGACUGGGGGGAAGUUUAAGUCUCCAGCUGAUCUGGAGUUGUUGGGAGAGCUGGACACAGGAGGAUUGCUGAACUCUGAACACAGGGCUUCUUGUGAAGAAAAACUAUCAGUCUUUAUAACUUCUGAGCUGGCCAAAGAAAAUGGCAACUUGUCCCAGAUAGACUGCAGUCAAACUGAGGGGAAUGUGGAGGAGUGUAUUGAGAGGGUCCCCCUCAAUUUUGCUUUUAACUCUGAACUAAAAGAUGUUAUCUCAGGACCUGAAGUAGAGGUGUUAGUGUCUGAUACAAAUUUAUUAACAGAUGAGAUUCAUUUGGAAAGUGAGAAAGGAGCUAUUAAUCAAGAAUAUAACAGUCUGACAUCCUUGGGAAAUGUUGAUCCUUGUGAAUUGUCCAUGGAGAAAGUUUAUAAUAAGGACGGUGAGGCAAAAGAGCUGUAUUGUCAAGCCAACCUUUUGAGAAAUGGAACCCCAGUGCAUUUUCAUAGAGACUUCCCAAAGCGAGACUUCCCAAAACAAGUCUUCCAGGAUUUCCAGAAGAAGUCUCCAGAGUCAGAGGUUCUGAGUCUACACCUGCUAUCUGGAGAACUAAGAUAUAGUAGAGAUGGAAUGGAAACUAUGAAUGAUUUAAAGCCUAGGCCAAACAUGGCAUCAUCACAGGGAGAAGAGGUGGAAACAAGAGAUUCUAAUUCAACCAUGAAUGUCUUUACAGAGGAACAAUUUACCAAAGCUAGUAAUACUAAACCAGUUUUAGAGGGAUGGAUACCCAACCAACAGAAACCUACCCCAACUGCUGCAGUGCUCAUUGCAGAAGAUGCCCUAGAUGCUUCAGUGCCUACCCUAGAAGAAGACAUCCCAGUUGUUGCAGUACCUGCUCCAGAGGAGUCUGCUGCCUCAGCAGCUGCUAUAGGGUUCUUCCAAGAAGAGGACAUCCCAGUUCCUUCAGUGGCCACCAUAGAGACACAUAUCCCAGCUGCUGCAGUGUCAGCCUCUGAGGGGGCUGCCGCUUCAGCUGUUGUAGAUCCUGCUCCCAAAGGGACCGUUCUGGUUGCUGCAGUGUCCUCCCCAGUGGGGACUGCUCCAGCUGCUGCAGUAGCCAUCAGAGAGGAAGCGUCAGCUGUUGUAGGGUCUUCCCCAGAGAAGACUACUCCAGCUGUUGCAGUGCCCAUCGUACAGGAGGAUGAUACCCCAAAAGGGCUUGCCACUCCAGCUGCUACAGCAUCAGCCCCACAUCUUGCAGGGCUUACAACCCUAGAGGAGCCUGCCACUGUAGAUCUUGCAGGGCCCACUGCCCUAGAGGUGCCUGCCAUCCCAAAGGAAACUGCCUCCCCAGAUCUUGCAGGACCCACUGCCCCAGAGUUGCUUGCCAUCCCAGUGGAACCUGCCACCCCAGAUUUUGAAAGACCCACUGUCCCAGAGGAGCUUGCCACCCCAAGUCUUCCAGGGCCUGCCACCCCAGAGGAGCCUACCACUGCAGAUCUUGCAGGGCCUACUGCCCUAAAGGUGCUUGCCAUCCUAGACCUUGCAGGGUCUACCACCCUAGAGGAGUCUGUCUACCCAGCUGCUGCAGUGCCCACCUCAGAGGAGCCUGGUCCUCCAACGCAUACAGCAUCCACCCCAGAGGAGCCUGCUGCCCCAGCUACUGUAGGGCCCACACCAAAGGAGCCUGAAACUGUAGCUGCUAGUGUGUCUACUGCUGAAGUGCCUGCUAUGGAGGAAGUGUUCACCCCUAGUGAACCCUUUCUGGGAGGUACUGCCCAUGCUGAUUCAAUGCCUGUCUCAGAAGAAGCAGCCCCUGUUCUUGAGGAAGUGUCCCCCACUGGAAUGUGGGUCAAGGAAGACCUUGAUUCUUCAGCAUUUGGAAUAAAAGAGGUGACUGAUACAGUUCUACAUGGGAAAGUGUCUCUGGCUGCAAAUGAUGGAUUCAGUUCCAAUGAGGUAAUUGUUGCUCAUUUUGUUGCCUGGAAGGGUCUAGAGAGUAAAUAAGAUUUGCAAGAUCUCUAACUUGGUGGUAAUGAGAAAUGGCAUGGAUCUCUCUUUUGUUCAUUUUGUGCCUCCUGGGCCUACAAUUCUAGAUUUUUCUG